AUGGCGGAUACGAGGAGUGAAACCUCGACGAUUCCGUUGCACACGCUGCUGGACAGCUUCCCGGCCGUGCCAGAGUUCGAGCUAUCGUUUCGGAAUAUUUCGUGCGGCGCAAAGCAUCACCAAGAUCGCACACACUCGACGAUCCUGAAGAAUCUGUCCGGCUCGUUCCGUUCUGGGCGGCUGGUGGGCAUCAUAGGGCCGUCCGGUGCCGGCAAGUCCACGCUGCUGAACGUCCUGUCGGGUUUCAAGAGAGCACACGUUACCGGGCAGCUGCGGGUCGAUGGUCAGCGCGUGACGGAGCGUCGGUGCCGGAAGAUCAUCUCCUACACCCAGCAGGAAGUGUGCCUGUGGUCGAGCCUAACCGUUGAGGAGAGCCUACGGUAUGCGGCGGAGUUUAAGGUGGCCACCGCGGACCCGGACGUGAAACGGGCGCGCGUCCAGGAGCUACUGGCAAUCCUCGGACUCGAGCGGUGCGCCAGCACCCUAACCGGGGCGAUCUCCGGCGGGCAGGCAAAGCGACUCUCGAUCGGUGUGGAACUGCUGUCCGACCCGCGGGUGAUGCUGCUAGACGAGCCGACCAGCGGCCUGGACACGGUGGCCGCUUAUCAGGUGCUCAGCCACAUAAAACAGCUGGCUCUCAGGGGUCGCGUUAUCGCCUGCGUCAUCCACCAGCCAAACUCACAGCAGCUCCCACUGAUCGACGAUCUUUACGUAUUGUCCCGCGGACGGCGGAUCUACAGCGGUCCCACCGACUCGCUGGUGUCCCGUUUCGCCCAAUUCGAACUCGAGUGUCCCGUUUCGCACAAUCCGGCCGACUACGCGCUGGAAGUGGCCAGUCUCGAACAGGAUGAUGACCGGCUCCGGUGGUUAAUACUGGAGGAGGAAAAGGACAGCUUCAACGACAAUCCACCGGUUGUUCCGUUGACGAGUGAGAAAAGUGUCGAUGGCUCGUAUCAACGUUACGCGCUGACCACGCGCCAGCAGCUUGCGGUUCUGCUGCGACGGGCGGCCACGUGCACUCUGCGGGACUCGUUCCAGUUCAAGGCCCGCAUCCUAAUCAACAUUGCCAUCGCGCUCCUGACCAGCGUGGCCUUCUACAACGCGGGCAACAACGCGGACCGGAUCCUGGCCAACACGGCCGUGCUCAUCAUCAAUCUUUACGCUAUCUUCUUCACCAGCAUCGUCUCGGCCGUCCUCGUUUACCCCCGCGAGGCGGCCAGUUUCGUGUUGGAAAGCAAAAAUAAUUGGUACUCCCUGAGGGCAUACUAUUGGGCGAAAAUCAUAGUCGAACUGCCGACCCUGGUCCUGUCGUCGUCGGUGUUCUUCCUCAUCGUGUACUACUUCACGUCGCAGCCGCUCGAGUGGCUCCGGAUCGGGACGUUCGCCCUGGUUUGCCUGCUGUUCGGGUGGAUCUCGCAGAUGCUCGGGCUGCUGCUGGGCAGUCUGCUGCCGGUACAGAGCUCGGUUUUCGUCAGCAUCCUCAUCAUGGUGCCGGCGUCGCUGUUUUCCGGCUUUUUCGUGCCCCUGCGCGACGCUUCGGCCCUGCUGAUGCCGCUCCUGUACGUGUCCUUCGUCCGGUACGCCUUCGAGGGGGCGAUGCACGCGAUCUACGGUUUCGGCCGGCCGGACCUCGACUGCCCGGAGGUGUUCUGCUACUUCCGGAAGCUGCGCCGGUUCCUCGACUUUGUCUCGCUGCCCGACCUGCCCUACGGGUACGACCUGCUGGCCCUGCUGGCCUGGAUCGUCCUGCUCAUGGUGGCCGUCUAUGCGAGCCUGAGACGACGCAUAAAACACGACUAA